AUGGCCAUGAGCAGCCAACCGCUACACAACGUUGUCAAUUUCGGAAGCGGGAAUUUAGCUCACACCACCCAAGCAUACACCCCAGACCUGGCAUUCUUUGACCACCCAAGCCAACCGGCGGCUACCAGAUCAGAUCGAAUUCCUGGUUGUCUUAAGCCAUCCUCCAAAUGGUGGAGUGACAUGCCAAAGAGUCAUCGCUUGUUUGACCGAGUCCAGUUCAAACAAAUUCUGUCAGAGGUAAACCGGUACAUGGCCCAGAGCAACACCCGGAUUGGAUUCAUUCUCACAGACAAAGAGCUGGUUCCAAUCCGAAAGCUUGCUGAGAAGGGCCAUGUGGAGAUAGCCGAUUCUAUCCCUUGGGAUGCUUGUGGUCAAGGAGAGGAUCGGCCGCAGCUCACGGUUCUACUUGCUUUGUGGUAUUUAGGGAUGUUGGCGUCGGAUGACCAGCAAUUGGUUAUGGGAUGA